AUGUCGGCGUACGGCGGCGCGAGCGAAGAUAAGUCGACGACGGCGGCGUACGCGACGAAUGGGAACUCGUCUUACGAGUCGCCGAAAACCGUCGCGCAAGCCGCGGCGGAGAUCGAGGCGGGAGAAGAAGACGCGCCGUAUUACGCCGAAAUGGCUGCCGCGGAGAAAGCACAGCAGAAAGCGUACGCGCCGAUGGCGGCGAUGAAGCCGCCCGUGGACGACGAGGAGGAGGAUUACGAGAUUCCAGGAAUCCACGCGUCGCCGACGCAAGGCUGGACGGGUGGCGGCUUCGACACCCCCGAAGGUACCAUCGCGCUUCCUUUGUCUUAUUACCAAAUUUUGGGUUUGACGGCGGCUCGGUCGACGCCGAACGCGCUUCCGCGCGCGGCGCUCGCCGUCAUGGAUGCCCAGCUCACCGAGGGGUACUCGCCGUACAUGCUCGAACAACGUCUCUCGCUCAUCGACGAAGCCGUGGCGGUGUUGAAGGACGAAGAGGCUCGAAGACAACACGACGACGACAUCGCCGAAGGGAUCUUGACCCCAGUCGAGCCGCAUCGCGCGGCGGCCGCGCUCUGCCUGCUCCAGGAAGCCGGCGAGUACGAGGCUGUUUUGGAAUUUGAGCACGUCGUCGCGCAGUGCGUGAGCGGUCGCCGGCAUCGCCGCGACGUCGCGCUCACCGUGGCGUUGGCAUUGUGCGAGUACGGUCACAUGGCGCUCGUGGCGAAUCCGCCACGAUUUGCCGAAGGAUGUGAACUGCUCGACAUGGGUUCGAAGACGCUCUCGAGCGUGGCGGGCAGCUCCUUUGCUCCCGAAGUUCGUCGCAACAUUGCGCUGUCGUAUCACGACGUGGCGCCAGGAUACGUCUUGGAGUUGCUGGCCUCACCUUUGGAGGCUCGAUCCGAACGUGCUUUGGGCUUGCGUGCUCUUCGUUCAUUGCUGUGGACGAAAGAUCCGGCGCAACAGCUCGAGCAGCGCGCGGCUUUCAUGGAGCAAGCCAACGAAUUGCUUACGGCGCAAGAACAAGUGUCUCUCUUCAUCGACGCUCCGGAUUACAUCGCCCUUGAUUCCGACGAAGUGUACAAGAGCGCUCUCGCCCACGUCGUCGCCGGCGUGAUUGAUCGUAAACCGAUGAUGAUUGCCGAUGCGGACGAGAUUCUGCAUCAAAUCCAACUCGCCUCUUUGGAAUCCGCCGACAUCAGUCACUUUGCUGACGUCGGCGUCGAACGCGCCGUGUGCCAAAUUUUGCUCGGCCAGCUCGACGAGGCGGAGCACACGCUCGGUCUGCGCGACGAUACCGUCGAUCCGGGUUUGUUGCAAUACAUCGAGGACCGUUCUCCGAGCGGAGACAUCGCGGAAGGGAUGUGCUCGAUGGCGGAUCAAUGGUUGGUAGACGUCGCGUUCCCGCUCUUCCGCGGUUCAAACGCGCGUGGAACGCCCACCCUCGAUGAAUGGUUUUCCACACCGAGCGUUCAAGGUUUCGUCGGGCGAAUGAGCUCGAUUCCCGUAUUGAUUCGUAUUCAAGGCGCGAUCGCAGCCGCGAAGCGUGUCGUCGUUUCCAGCGUCGAUUCCGUCGUCACGGCUUUCGCGCCGACACCCCCAGCGCUGCAAUUCGGCGUCUCGGACGCGCAGCGCCGCGUCGUCGCCGUGGCCAAGCUCGGCGUGUUCGCCGGUAUCGCGUUCGCCGUGAGUGGUCGCACUGGUAAUGUCAGCGCGCCGAAGCUGCCGACUUUGAACCCGCUCGCACCGUUGCAAGCCGCCGUCGGAACCGCCGGGAGCACGAUUUCAAAGUUGAAGAUGCCGACGUUGAACAUGCCGAAGAUGGACGUCAAGACGCCGCGUCGCGAAUUAGGCCCGCCCACGCGAGUGGCGCCCAAACCUCGCCCUACGCCCGCGGUGACCAUGGAUAAAGGUACGGCGGAGAAGCUCGUGCGCAAGUGGCAAAUGGCCAAGGCGCAAGCGAUGGGUCAACGCCACAACACGCGUUACUUGGAUGGCAUCUUGGAUGGACCCAUGUUGCAACAAUGGAAGACGCGCGCUGAAGACGUCGCCACGCACGGCUGGGCUUGGGAGUAUAAACUUAACGAUCUCAGCAUUGACUCCGUGCAGGUCAUCGGCACGGAGAAGGUAUUCGUAGAGACGACGCUCACGGAGGUGGCGGUGUUAAAGGAUCGCGCGCGGAACGAGCCCGACGACGUCUACGAAAGCACUUAUCGCGCCAAGUACGAGCUCAAGCGAUGUGAGACGGGUAAAAACGCCUGGCGUAUCGUUGGUGGGUCUGUGGUUUAUUAAGUGAAGUCGCACCGGCACGAGA